AAUUUGUUAGGAAUGAUCUAGAUGUGGAGUUUGAAAUGAAUUGGGCCGGGGGACGGAUCAAAGAGACGUAGUGGUAGAGAAUCCGAAGUAAUUCGGAUCAUUCUUCUUCGGGUUGAGGAACCAAUUGUUUGUAUAAACGAGACGCUCGUUCCCGCCAAGUAUUUUCUUGAAGAAGAACAUGUCUUCUUCAUCAAAUUACUACACUGCUGCGCUUAAGUUUUGCUGCGAAGCUCGAAAUCGAGCCCAAGUUAAGAAGCUUCAUUGCCGCAUCAUCAGAACUGUACCAAAUCCAGAAACUUUUCUGUACAAUAACCUCAUCAAUACUUACGGGAAACUUGGGGACUUGAAGAAUGCACGGAACGUAUUCGAUCAAAUUCCUCAACCAAAUCUUUUUUCAUGGAACACGCUGCUGUCAGCUUACUCAAGAUUGGGUUACCUUCAAGAUAUGGAACGCGUCUUUGACCUCAUGCCGAACCAUGAUGUGGUCUCUUGGAACUCGCUUCUUUCUGGUUAUGCGGGUAACAGUUGGAUUUCCGAAUCGGUUAGAGUUUAUAACAUGAUGUUAAAAGAUGGGUCGGUAAACUUGAAUAGGAUUACAUUCUCUACUAUGUUAAUACUCUCAUCUAAUCGAGGAUUUGUUGAUUUGGGUCGGCAAAUUCAUGGGCAAAUCUUCAAAUUUGGUUAUCAAUCUUAUCUGUUUGUUGGGAGUCCUUUAGUAGAUAUGUAUGCAAAAACGGGAUUUAUCAAUGAUGCGAAACGGAUCUUUGAAGAGAUACCUGAGAAGAAUAUAGUUGUGUAUAAUACUAUGAUCACAGGUCUUUUGCGGUGUGGAUUUAUUGUAGAAGCUGAGCAAUUGUUUGAUAAAAUGCCAGAAAAAGAUUCGAUUUCAUGGACAACUAUCAUAACUGGACUUACCCAAAAUGGUCUGUUUAAAGAAGCAGUCGAUAAGUUUGAAGAAAUGGGAAGAGAAGGUUUUUGCAUGGAUCAGUUCACCUUUGGGAGUGUGUUGACUGCAUGUGGAGGUCUUCUGGCACUUGAUGAGGGAAAGCAAAUUCACGCCUAUAUUAUCAGGACUGAUUAUCAAGAUAACAUAUUUGUAGGAAGUGCUCUACUUGACAUGUAUUGUAAGUGUCGCAAUGUAAAAUAUGCGGAAGCAGUGUUUAGGAAAAUGAGGCACAAGAAUGUAAUAUCAUGGACAGCAAUGCUAGUUGGUUAUGGUCAGAAUGGAUACAGUGAAGAAGCCGUUAGGAUAUUUUGUGAUAUGCAGAGAAAUGAGACUCAUCCAGAUGAUUUUACUCUAGGGAGUGUAAUUAGCUCAUGUGCAAACCUCGCGAGCCUAGAAGAGGGUGCCCAGUUUCAUGGCCAAGCUUUAGCUUCUGGUUUAAUUAGUUUUGUUACGGUUUCAAAUGCUCUAAUCACUCUAUAUGGUAAAUGUGGAAGCCUAGAACAUGCCCACCAGUUGUUUCAUGAAAUGAAAAUAAGGGAUGAAGUUUCUUGGACAGCUUUAGUCUCAGGGUAUGCACAAUUUGGAAAAGCCAAUGAAACAAUAUCUCUGUUCGAAACAAUGUUGGCCCAUGGUAUCGUACCUGAUGGAGUUACUUUCGUUGGAGUUCUAUCAGCUUGUAGUAGAGCGGGUUUAGUGGAGAAAGGUUAUCACUAUUUUGAAUGUAUGGUGAAAGAACAUGGCAUCACACCAAUCCCCGAUCACUACACAUGCAUGAUUGACCUUCUCAGCCGAGCUGGAAGAUUAGAAGAAGCAAAAAACUUCAUUAACCAGAUGCCUUUUAGUCCUGAUGCAAUUGGUUGGGCCACAUUGCUAAGUUCUUGUAGACUCAAUGGGAAUCUGGAAAUUGGUAAAUGGGCUGCCGAGUCUCUUCAUAAACUAGAGCCGCAAAACCCUGCUAGUUAUAUUUUAUUAUCAAGCAUUUAUGCUGCAAAAGGUAAAUGGGAUGAUGUAGCAAAAUUGAGGAAGGGAAUGAGGGAAAUGGGAGUGAGAAAGGAACCGGGACAUAGUUGGAUCAAAUAUAAAAAUAAAGUGCACAUUUUCUCAGCUGACGACCGGUCAAGUCCAUUUUCAGAUCAGAUAUAUGCCAAGUUGGAAUGUUUGUAUCUAAAAAUGAUUGAGGAAGGGUAUGUGCCUGAUAUGAGUUUUGUUCUCCAUGAUGUUGAGAAGUCAGAGAAAAUUAAGAUGCUUAAUCACCACAGUGAGAAACUUGCUAUUGCCUUUGGGUUGUUAUUUAUACCUGACGGUCUUCAAAUACGAGUUGUAAAAAAUCUCAGGGUCUGUGGCGAUUGCCACAAUGCCACAAAAUACAUUUCUAGGAUCACCCAGAGAGAGAUACUCGUAAGAGAUGCAGUCCGUUUCCAUUUGUUCAAGGACGGAGUGUGUUCCUGUGGGGAUUUCUGGUAGCGUUUUGCCAAUCUAAAACCUCAGCCAAAGAUGACAAAACCUCGGAUUGUUAUGUUAGUAAAAGCUCAGUUUUAUUUGAGUCUGAGACCUACGAUUCAAUCUCGAAUGUGUAUACUUGUUAGGAGCUUGAUCGAUGAUUCUUUUGUGCAAUCAUGUAAUUCAGAACUGUUGAUUUAUCAAAUAAGAAUUCUUUCAAGGAUCAAGAAGGAACUGUUUUGUGCCAUGAGCCAUCAAGUAUCACACCGUUCAGUGAAGCUACCAGAGGUGUCAAGAUGAAUUUAUCCAAAGCAUAUUGAAAAUAUUUCUAGCUUGUGUGAAUGUGAUGGUUGCUUGAAGUGUUCUAGUUCAAGUGAGCUGUUUAAGCUGCAAGCGUGCUUGUAGAAUUCCAGCAGUAGUGCGUGGUGUUUCUGAAGUGGUUUUGACAACUUGCUGCAAAUCGAUUCCCAAGACGAAAUGAGGUUGAAACAUGCCUACUUUGAUGCAUGUCCAUAGAAAAUUAUCACAGAUUCAGAGAGUAACCACUGCCUCUUCUCCCUCUUAUUUUCAAGGAAAUAUUUAACGAAUCUAUAUUUUUCUUGACCAUCUUUUUUACUGUAUGACGGAUAUCAAACCUGGAAAAGGUUUAAAGGUCUAAUAUGAUUAAAGCGCGAUAGUUUGGAAUUGUGAAGACUAGUUCCAAUGUCAGGCAAGGAAGAAAUUCUCGCAUUCGAUACUUUAUUGCUUGGGUUCUUGUAGCUUCAGUUAUUGAUUAUUGUCUUGUUGUCUUGUACAUUUCCUUUACUCAAUAAAGUUCUCUUCUUCAAUAAAAACGUGCCUCGCUGUUCCUCCAUUUCUGAAGGUUUUAAUAAUGCAUCGAAGUUCGCUGCAAAUUGCUUUCAAACUAAACCCAGUUUUCUCGCGUGGCGGUCAAGUGAUAAGAAAGUAAUAGUAAUAAUUAAAGUUCUGUAUAACAUCCAGGUUAAUUAAAGCACAUCCGACAAAAGAUAACGAAGAAAGAUGGAAACACUUCUCAUGUGUCAUGAAAAGUAUGAGUCAACUGAGGACUAAAAUCCAGAUGAGAAUUUGUAUUAGACUAGGGACGAACUCCGGUUAUCUUCUUGGGAUGGUUUGAUGGAUAGCCCUGAAGCUUGCGAGUGGCUCUGUAUCAUGUGAAAGAAUGCAUAAUUAAUAUAUAAUUUUAAUACUGGAGAUAAGGAUAGAGGCGAUGGCAACUGUUACCUGUAUUUUUGUACAGAUCUCAAUUACUUCAGAAAGAGGCGCCCAGUCCCCAAAGUUCCGCUCAAUAAACUGGUAAGCAAUACCACGCUUUGCUGAGCCAAGAAUGAACAAACCACCCUUAAUUUCUCCUUCUCCAUUGAAGUUUUGCUUUAUUCCCAUUGCUUUUGCACGCUUAUAAUUUGCUAUAGCCCGAGGGUUGAAAAGAAAUCCGAAUAGGAAUUUUUCCUUCAUUAACUUUCCACCACCUAGAGCUUUGAAGAAUUCUCUGCCUUGGUCAAAGAGUACAGUGCCUCCCCAGUACCGGGGCCAGAAGUCCUUCACCUGCAUCACUACAUUUCAGUCAAACAGAUUGGAUGGGUUAAAAGAGCUAGAAGUCUUAUGAAUACCUCUGAUUCUAUGUUUUCAUGAAUUACAGCGAAUAGUUGGUAUCCUAGUGCAUCAAAUAUUGGUUUUCUGGCAUAUAGCUGGUGAGCUUCUGCUCUGCACAUGAUGCACCUGUUUUCAAAUUCAAGAGAUGUUAGUUGUUCCUUUCCCUCAAGAUGGCUCAAACACCAGUAACAAUAUCAAAACGUGAUACUGAACGCAUCUAGAGGAGCUGGAAAGUUGCUUUUCGUUUGUGCUUUUUUAGUUUGUGAGUCGAGUUUAAACCAUCUUCUUCAUGAAUAAAACUUAUCUGUUUACAACUUAAAAUCAGGUCUUGAAGCAACGUGCUUAAACUUACCCAGGUCGUCUAAUACAGAGGAUAAUGGCUGGCUUAUCGUGCCAUAGUGCUGAUGCUUUCAUAGGGGGAGUCUUAGUCUUCACCAAACGCUCCAUUCCAAUUUUAUACUCUGGAGUUAAUUUCUGAACGGAGAUGUUUUCAAUGGCAGAAUAAGGAGCAAUUUUAUCAACAAUAGGAGAAGGUUGCACACAACCACAUGCUAUAUGACCAGCUAGUUCUGUUGCAACAAUCCCCUUGAACACAUACCCGUCUUCAAUUUUAAAUUCACUCAGUGCUUGCUCAACUGUUUUAUCCUGAAAGGUUCGGCUUCUCAUACUCAGCAUCCUCUUUGAGCUGUUAGACUGAUAAGUCCUCUUGAUGCUUGUUGAUGGAAUAGGAGCAUCAGACUUAUUGGUCGAGGGAUCCACACACGAACUUUUUCUAUCACGGAAACGUGCAACAUGACCUCUCUUCAUGCGGAAUUGAGAUGUUAAAUCCUCAACACUUAAGCUUAGAAGUUCAGGCAAACAUUUCCCGGUGGACUCUAGCCUAUCUGCAUACGGCAUCAGAGAUCUAUCGUGGAGGUAAGUUCUUAUCUCAAUUGCUUCCUGUCAUAGCAAAACCUAUCCAUGAGAAAUUUUCAAAAAAGAAAGAAAGAAAGAAAGAAAGAAAAUAUUGACUAUCUAUGAUAAUUCAUCAAUUGGAUGAAUUAUACGGAGGUUAUUACUUCAGAAAUCUUGUAAGAUAUAAACAUCUGAAAUUGCUUAUUGGGGUUCUUUUUUGUUUAGAACUAGAAAAAGUAUCGAUUACCAACCUUUUGUUGUCGUGUCAUGCUUAUAGCAUCCAUAUCCUCAGAAUUCAUGACCUUCAAGGUGGGUACAUCAUCCCAGCCUUCAUCCAGCAAAGUGGGAAGCAGAUCCUUAAGAACCCCAUUUCCCACAAAAUCUUCCACAGAGAAAGAACCCAUUUUCUUCCAAGGAUGGCCGAUGGUUCUCUUGCUGUCUAGAUAAUAUAAGUUUUGUUCUCACCUUUGAUCUUUCACCUAGUCACUCCUGGGAGGACUUAAAAUAUUAUUAUAGAUACAGAGGUGGCUUUAUAAUAUAUGAACAAAUGAACUCACCUGAAUAUCAAGAAAAAGUCGGACAUCGAGAUUUAUUCAACUUUAAACAGAUAAGUUUGCAUAGGAACAAUAAAGCAGUAUUGUAUGAUGCAUUUGAUUUCGUCAAUAUCAAGGUUUUUCCUCUUAGCUGCUCUUUUUGGUGUUAAGAGGACUUUGCUCAACAAAUAGUGCCAAAGUGGAUGAUGAUAAGGAUGUUAAAUCUUGACUAUCAAGAGAAAGAACAUCCCUAUCAAAAUGAGACCAAGUCAGCAUCCACCUCCUAGAGGGACAAAGAUGUUAUCAGAUAUUAGAUAUUAGAUGGAAGAGAGGGAAAGCUUUCAACUGCUACGUCCAAAACAAAGCACUUUUGCUUAGAACACGACAGAGAUUACUUGAAAAUAAUAUCAAGAAGAAAAAAAAAAGAUGAUUCAUGGUUGCUUGUUGUUCCACAAUGCUAAAGUGGGUUGUAGUUGCCGGCCUUACACCUGCUUUAUGUUAUUGGGUUGAAUUUGAAAAUGCAGGCUUGGAGGUUUUGUUUUAGUAAGCUGACUUUCGAUUUUUGGAGUUUUGUAUGAAUAUUAUUUUGAAAUUUUUUUUUUUA